GCUGCCAGCGAGGGAAGUGCACUGUUGCGAGCGGCUAUCGGCUGAACUCUGGCCUCGCGUGCGCGCGCGUAAUAUUACGUCGCGCCGCCUUCGUCGGCAGUCGAGCUUCGCGCGCCAGGCCAAAUGGCUGCGGGCGUCGUUCGCCUUCUAGCUUUGUCGCUCGCUCUAUUUCUGCGCCAGGCGCACCCAGUGAGCACAGCGAGAUGCAGCAUCGACGUGAGCGUGGACUUGAACGCAAGCUCGCCGCUGCUGCUUGACUCCCGCGGUCUGGAAGUCGUCUAUCCAAGCAAAAGCCAGCCGCGCGUCUUGUCGCUUUCGCCCGGCGACGAGCGCGUGCUGCACUGCCUCGGCGGCACACUGCAGCCGGGCCUGGGUUCGGCGAGCGACCUGUCGAGGUGCGUCGGCGGAAAGACGUUCUCGAGCGUGGCCAAGCGCAAAGAGUACUCGAUCGACCGGGUGCACUGCUCGAAGAGUCCCGACGCCACGACGAGAGAAGACGCCGCGCGGAAAUGCAAGAACGGCGUGGUCGUGAACCUGGGCUACGAGUUGAGCUCCGGGUUCCUCACCACGAUCGACCUGUGCUACGUGGACGAGUUGGCCACGACCAGUUGGGCUCACUCGAAGAUCCCCGGCGCCGUGAACGGUUUCAGGAGCAGAGAGCCUCAAACCGCCUCUUUCGGCAAAGGCAAUUACUUCAAGAGCGUGCUGAUGGGAAACGUGUAUCCUAGGAAUAACCAAGUGCAGACCUUCAUGCAGAUUUUCGAUGGGAAUAAAGAUCUGGUCGACAAGUAUCUUCCUGCCAGUGGCGACAAGAACUACUUGGUGAGGGGCCAUCUGGUGGCUCGAGCCGACAAGUUUUAUCACGCGGAGCAGCGCUCGACGUACUUCUACGUGAACGCGCUGCCGAUGUGGCAGAGCAUCAACAACGGCAAUUGGCGCGUCGUGGAGGCGACGGUGCGGCGUAUCGCCGGCAUCGUCGGCGAGAUGGAGGUCUGGACCGGUGGCCUCGGCGUGCUGCGGCUCUCGGACCGCGAGAUCUAUCUGGCCACCGACAGGCGUAACGACAACAGGCGACUCGUGCCCGCGCCCAAGCUCCUGUUCAAGCUGGCCUACGACGCGAAGAGCAACGAGGCCCUGGUCUUCGUCACCGUCAACAAUCCCUACGCGGACGACGCGUCGCUGGCCCGCGAGUACAAGACCUGCGGGGCGUAUCGCCAGUGCGACGACAAAUUCGCGCAGUUUCGCCAGAGGCGCGAGGGUUACACCUACUGCUGCACCUACGACGAAUUCGUCAAGAGUUGGCCGGACCUUUUACCGCUGAACAUUAGCAACGCGAAGCCUCUGACUUUGCAUUAAUGCGAUUGGGCGAACACGAAUUUCGAAUGAACGGGCUGCCGAGUUGUUAAUCGAGCUGUAGGUCAAAACUUUCUCUCUCUCUCUGUCUCUCGGUGCCGCCGGCUGAUUUCAAUCGAGUAAUCGUAACUGCUUACUUGAGCAGAUUAUUUGUUCUAUUGCCGCAGAGAUGAUAUACGUAAGGGAUCGAAAUACUUUUCAGGUGAGUGUGUAGCGACGAGGACAUUUGAAAGAAGCUGGCCGUCGGCAGAACGAGGUGCUCCGAUCUCGUAAGCAUUUCCCAUCGAGGCAGUAAACAAAUUCGACGAGUCGCCGUGAGAGAAACCGUCGGCUCGUCUCCCGACGCGAUCAGCGUUCACGGAAAUCGAAAGCGAGGGCCGACUGCGACGUACGGCGUGCAGCUUCGUCCGAGAGCUGACGCACACGUGCGGCGCACUUGUGAGCCACGCGAGGCAAGCCUCUGUGGCUGACUUUGAAGAAAGAUGCGCAAGCUCUUCGAAAAGUUCGUCACAUUGUGACAAAGGCGCAAGAGACUCGCGGAGCGAUAUAGAAACGCUAAUGGGGGAAGGGGAGAGAAGAAGCGCUGUUUUUCCCCUCGGUCGUCGCUCGCGUACGGCAAUUUCCUGAAAUCUCCGAUAGUGAAUUUAUCUGAAUGAGAUGGCCGCGUCGACGAUGAGAAGGAACUCCGUGAUGAUUUGCUCACAUACAACUUCGUAUCUCUCUAGCUCUUUUUUAUUUUUGCUCGCUUUUUACUCGUUCGCGACAUUCACGCGCAUACCGGUCUUUUAUCGCGAUCAACCAAACCGGAGUGCAAUUAUAAUAAAGUUUUUCCAUAUCGGUUUAUUCAAUUUCGGCAGUGAGGCAUACGCGAUAAGUAUAUAGCUAUUCGGAAACUGCCUUGGAUGAUCAGAAAGCGGCAAUAACAUGCCGAUGAAAAUGGAAUGAAGAAAUUAAGAAAGCAACGGUAGGUAGAAGCUAUGAGAACUUGAGUACUCACUGACAAACCGCUGUAAUGGAGGCACUUAUAGGCACAGAGCAGUUAACAAGCACGCGCCGAGGAAAAAGGACCCGAGGACGGUGGUGCAGGCAGACAAGGCGCGUAUAUCUCGACGCGGCGACGUCGGAGGAAGGAAGAGGCACACUGAGAGAAAGAGAGCGUGGGUCGUUAUCGCCUUUGAACUCCGGUCCCGAUAAAAUCCUCGUCGCCGCGCUGAACGAGCCAGCUCCGACGGUUUCGGCUGCGCGCGCUAAUUUACGCGCUCUGUGGCUCUUUCUCUUCUUCAUUUCUUAAUUCGUUUGUUCGCGCGAAUUGCCCAAUCGCAGAUAGCUUUUCGUGUUAUUUCUUCGUUUAUCUUAACAUUUUGUUUUAUUGGUGGGUGCAAUACCGACACGAACGUUUUCAUUUGCUGGGAACCGUUCCUUAAUUUUCAUAUUAUUCAUUUUUAACGCUUUUCUUAUGACGUUCUGCUCUUUCGAUAUUCUUGAUGAUGCCGUAUUUAUCCUCGUGUAAUUCGCCGCCCCCUCUUCUUUUGGGACACGCCAUGUAUAGACGCCCACGGAUGCGAUUGCACCCUUGUCUCUGGUGAAAAAAAAUCAAUAUUUUGGUACAUUUUAUAUAUGCACGGGUAAAUUUUAUCUUAUUUUUAUUUUAUUUUGUUAACAAGAUACGAACAUGAAUGUGAAAUUAACAUUUCUGAGUUAUUUGUAAAUAACUUUACGUAUAAUUCGCAGUUCCAUUAAAAGGUGCAAAGCAAUCAUAAGUCAAAGCACAACAAUAAGUAAAAAAUAGAUACUGUGAAAAUUUUUGAAUUUUCUGAAAGUAAUGCAAAAUUUAUAGAAUUGAAAAUAAAUAAUAAAUAUAAGUUAUGACGAAUUAAGAAAAAAAAUUAAAACUACACUCGAAUAAAUUGAUGAAACAUACAAUGUAAAUAUUUUCUGUACAAUAUAAAGCAUAUAUAUUUUCUUAGAAUCAUUUACAAGUUCGUUGAAUUUUAUUAAAAACAAGUUUUAGAUAAAAAUACCAAUCUAAUUUGAACAAAUAAAUAUUU